ACGAAGUUUUGCGCAGGCAGUUGUGUCGUCGUCCCCAAAAGACGAGGCGGAUGCCGUGGUCAGCUUGGCAGUUGGUCAUUUUUCAGUGUAAAAAAAACCAAAACAUUAUCGUCGUGAUUUCUAACGAGACCGGUAAAAGGAAGAGGGAUUAAUAUAUGCCAUGGUCGCCACUUCAUCAGAUAAGCAAACCGUUAUCCCGUCAAAGUACCAGGAUUGCUCUCUUUUCGUAUGUGGACUCUAUAAAGAGGUCGUUUUGUAGUGACUAAUCGCAGAAGUGAGAAUGGCAGAUGAAGCCCUCUUCCAGUUCCUGCACAAUGAGGUGAUACAGUACAUGUACAGGUCUUCUGAACACGAGGAGACGGAGAAUGGGAGAAACAUUACAAAACUGGAGAACAUGGGAUUCAGAGUUGGUCAAGGACUCAUAGAGAGGUUCACUAAAGACACAGCCCGGUUCAAAGAUGAGCUGGACAUCAUGAAGUUCAUCUGCAAAGACUUCUGGACCUGCGUCUUCAAGAAGCAAAUCGACAACCUCAGAACCAACCACCAAGGCAUUUAUGUCCUACAGGACAACAAAUUCCGCUUACUCAACCAGCUUUCAGCUGGGAAACAGUAUUUGGAGCAUGCCCCAAAGUAUUUGGCCUUCACCUGCGGCCUGGUGAGAGGGGGGCUUUCAAACCUGGGAGUCAAAAGCAUUGUGACAGCCGAGGUGUCCGUGAUGCCUGCAUGUAAAUUCCAGGUCAUGAUCCAGAAGCUGUAGUGGCUGCAGAGGAGGCCAUGUUAACCCCACACUGUCUGUAAGCUGUAUGUAUAUAUAUGAACAUUUGAAAUCGUCUGUGAUCAUAAUGUUGUCAGACACAUUUUGUUUUACAUCAACUGACUGCUGUUAAAGUGGAGUCUGGUUUGGACUUGUACGUGAAACAUCUCAUCUCAUCUCUAAAACAAGCACACUGAAAGUCAACAGCCUGUUAGCUUAGCCUGUUAGCUUCAGCCGUCCAGUGUAAAGGAAAGAUCUGCUGUUGUUGGUGCAAAGAGAAGUAAACCAUCUCUUUCUCAGUCUAGUACAAGUACACAUCAGCACUUUCAUUAACUUAUUCUUACUGUCAGUCUGCUUUAUGGGAAUAAAUGUACAGUCUUGCAUGCAUGUAAAGAAACAGUUUGUUGAAUCGGAGACAGGCUGGUCACAGAGAAAGACGGGAGGUCGUAUGAGAUCUCUUUGAGUUUCUUAAAAUAACUGAUGAUUGCUUGGUUAAUGAACACUAGAAUAAUCUGAAAAAUACCGAAGCUUCAGGUUAGCCCAUAACCAGCAGCUGUCGUCGAGCACUUUGAGCAGCGUGUGUAGAGCUGAGCGCCGUGCCUGCUGAUGGGGACGUAAAGCGUCCAUGGAUCAAACCCUGAUAUCAAACAGUGACCUCUUUUGUCGCCUCUGUCAAUGAAGUUAUUCAUUAUUUGUUGAUUGAACACUGAGAAUUAUAAACUCAAUCAUUAACUGUUUUAUUUUAUACAUUUUCAUUGCUUUGUCUUAAUUUUAUCUCACUAAAGUCAUUUAACCAGGCUGAAGGAGUGAUUAUUUCAACUUCACGUUAUACAUGAUAAACACCACACAAACAAGAAGACGUGAUGGGAGAGGAGGAAUGUUAAACGAGAGGUUCGGUAUAUCACCAUCAUCUUAUGAUGAAUCCAUAAGACGUCUGGUGUCUUGAUAUUAAAACU